CCCCUAGACGCAGGUCUCUCCUACGGCCAGUACUACGCCGCGGGCGCGUUUGCCGGAGUUGCCAACUCGGUCAUCUCAGGCCCUAUCGAACAUGUGCGUAUCAGGCUGCAGACGCAACCGCACGGUGCGGGCCGGCUGUAUAGCGGGCCGCUGGACUGCGUGAGGAAGCUGAGUGCGCAUGAGGGUGUGUUGCGGGGCCUGUAUCGCGGGGAGGCGGUGACUGUGCUGAGGGAAGCGCAGGCGUACGGGAUGUGGUUCCUGGCGUUUGAGUAUAUGAUGAAUGCGGACGCGGCGCGGAACCGGGUUGAGCGCAAGGAGAUUGCGAGCUGGAAGAUUGCGUUUUAUGGCGGGCUGGCGGGCGAGGCGUUGUGGUUGGGCAGCUAUCCGUUUGAUGUGGUCAAGAGCAAGAUGCAGAGUGAUGGCUUUGGGGCGGGCAUGAGGUACAAGGGCAUGAGGGAUUGCUUUCGCCAGACUUAUAGGGCUGAGGGGCUUAGGGGCUUUUGGAAGGGUAUUGCGCCGACGCUUUUGAGGGCUAUGCCGGUUAGUGCGGGGACGUUUGCCGUGGUGGAGAUGACGAUGAGGGCUAUUAGUUAG